AUGGGCUACCCGGAGAUGAAGGCUCUGGCGUCCUCGUCCUACGAUGCCAAGACUUUGCGGAAGCUGGGCCAGACCGUCCUGCAGCACACCUCGGCCCACGGGAUUCCCAACAUCUUCCGCUCCCGCCACUGGUUCCGCCGCCUGGUCUGGCUGUUCUUUGUGAGCUUCGCCCUGUGCUGCGCCCUCUGGCAGUGCACCGAGAUGGUCAUGAACUACUACACCUAUCCGUCCCACGAGAAGAUCAUGCUCAUCUCCAGCGCCAAGCUCAAGUUCCCGGCCGUCACCAUCUGCAACCUGAACAGCGUGAAGCUCUCCUCCAUCAACAGGAGCUUCACCAUGUCCACCUCCCUGCAGGACUCCGGCUUGGAACUGAUGCACCGCAGAAACCGCUCGUACGUUAACGUGUCGUCCGAAUAUCAAGAUGAGAGCGUCCAGUACGCCAGCGCCUUCAACAGGUUCGCCUCGGAGUUUAACCAGCUGAUGGAGGAGCAGAAGGUGGAGAUGGGGCACCAGCUGGACGACAUGCUGAUCUUCUGUAACUUCCACGGGCAGGAGUGCAACGCCAGUUUUUUCUCCAGUUUCAUUAACUAUAAAUUCGGGAACUGCUACACGUUCAACUCCCAGAAGCCGACAGAUUACCGCGGGAACCCAGCGAGCACGCAGCCGCUCAACAUCACCAAAGCGGGGUUCAUGUACGGUCUGCACCUGGAGCUGUUCAUUCAGCAGAUGGAAUAUGUGAGGGACAUAACGCACUCCGCGGGCAUCCGCCUCCUCAUCCACGACCAGGCCCAGAUGCCAUUCCCUGAGGAUGAAGGUGUCAAUGUGCCACCCGGAUUUGAGACUGAUAUCGGCAUGAUGAAGAUUCACAUUGACAGGCUGAAAUCACCGUACAUAAGUCGGUGCACAGACGGGGAGGACAUCAAGAACUUCUAUAAGGACGUGUACGGAUCUGGGUACACUCGAGAGGCCUGCAAACGGACAUGUGCCCAGCAGAACAUCAUCGACAACUGUGGCUGCAUUCACUGGGAGUUUGCUCAUCCCAAGAAUUCGGAGCACCCCAAGUGCAAUCUCAGCAACGUCGUCGCCCGUGACUGCGUGAAGCUCUACGAAUUUAAAUUUGCGCACGACGAAUUGAACUGCCACUGCCCCCUACAGUGCAAAGAGGAGAUCUACGAGCUGACCGUGUCUGGAUCCCAGUGGCCGUCCAACGCUUUUAUCGAAAACUUCGCCAAGGACCUUAAAGAGUGGGGAGGACAAAUGAAAGACAUAGCAGACAACCCGGCGCUGAUCAGGGAUAAUUUUGUGAAGGUCGUGGUUUACUUCAAACAACUCAAUUUCGAGAUGAUAGAAGAGGAGCCAUCCAUGACGGAAAUUAACCUCAUCUCUAACAUGGGGGGCUUGGUCGGCCUGUGGGUGGGCUUCUCGGUUUGCACCUUGGCGGAGUUCUUUGAGUUGCUGUUGGACGUCAUUCUGCUCUUUAUUCAGAGGUGCAUCGGGACGGCGAACAAAAGGGGCUACUCCAACCCCUACAUGCAGAAGCAGAGCCCCAUCUACCUACAGAAGACCACCAAGCUUUAA